AAUUUCAUGAUGUUAUUCUUCAUCAAACCCAGAAUAAUUACAGCCCUUUUGCUCUUUCUCGUCGUCUCAAUCUCCCUGCAAACUUGUCAAGUCAAUUCCCAGUGCAGCAAAGGCUGUGACUUAGCUUUAGCCAGCUACGACGUCUGGAGAGGUUCAAACGUAACCUUAAUCGCCGAUCUUUUCAGCGUCCCAGUUUCCACUCUCCUCAGCUGGAACCCGGCUACCCUCCCAGACAGGGAUACAGUCAUAGCAGGGACAAGAGUAAACAUCCCAUUUCCUUGUGACUGCAUCAAUGGGAAUUUCCUAGCUCAUGUCUUCAAUUACAGUGUUUCAUCGGGGGAUACUUAUGAUAUAGUUGCGUCCCACUUUUACGCGAAUUUAACGAGUACCACUUGGUUGCGGAGGUUUAAUAGUUAUCCGGAGAAUAAUAUCCCAGAUGCUGGAGUUCUGAAUGUUACUGUGAAUUGUUCUUGCGGGAAUAAGGCGAUUUCAAAGGAUUAUGGGUUGUUCAUAACUUGGCCGAUAGAGGUUGGGGAUACUUUGGAGUCUGUAGCUUCUGCUAAUAAUUUGAGUGCUGAUUUGAUCAGCAGGUUUAAUCCAACGGCAAAUUUUACUUCUGGGAGUGGUCUGUUGUUCAUCCCUGCAAAAGAUCUAAGUGGAAACUAUCGGCUUCUGCGUCAAGGUAGCAUUGAGUUAAUCCUGGCUUUUGCUACCUUAGGAUCAGGAUUGUCAGGUGGGGCUAUCUCUGGGAUAUCUCUUGCAGUAGUUGGAGUGUUGUUUUUUGCAGCUUGCGGGUAUCUUGUUGUUUACAGAAAGAGGAAGGCAGAGAAAAUAUCACUUAAAGAUCAAUUUGAGCAACCUGCUUCUGCUAAAGCUCCAGAGGCUGCUAAUGAUGCUAAAAGGGCUUCUCCAGGCCUUGGUGGAGUAGUUGUUGAGAGAUCUUUUGAGUUCUCGUAUGAAGAGCUUGCAAUAGCUACUAAAGGUUUCAGUUUGGCUAACAAGAUAGGCGAAGGCGGCUUUGGCUCUGUUUAUUAUGCUGAGCUUGGCGGCGAGAAAGCGGCAAUCAAGAAAAUGGACUUGAAAGCAAAAAGAGAAUUUGUUGCUGAACUUAGGGUUUUAACACAUGUACAUCAUCAAAACCUGGUGCGCUUAAUUGGAUAUUGUGUGAAGGGUUCCCUUUUUCUUGUAUAUGAGUACAUUGACAAUGGAAACUUGAGCCAGCAUCUUCGAGGAUCAGGGUGCGACACACUGUCAUGGUCAAGUAGGGUGCAGAUUGCAGUGGAUUCAGCAAGAGGUCUUGAGUACAUUCAUGAGCACACUAUUCCUGCCUACAUCCACCGUGACAUUAAAUCAGCAAACAUUUUGAUAGAUAAAGAUUUUCGUGCCAAGGUUGCAGAUUUUGGUUUAGCAAAAUUGGCUGAGGUCGGAGGUUCAUCUUUGCAAUCACAUCUCGUGGGUACGUUUGGCUACAUGGCACCAGAGUAUGCCAAUUGUGGUACUGUUUCUCCUAAAGUCGAUGUCUAUGCCUUUGGUGUUAUGCUUUAUGAACUAAUUUCGGCUAAGGCAGCUGUAGUUGAUGGAUGCUCUACUACUGAUACUAAGGGCCUUGUUGGUUUGUUUGAACAAGUUCCAAUACUACCGGAUUCAAAUGAUGAUCUUCGCAAACUGGUUGACCCGAGACUUGGGGAUAAUUACCCAAUCGAAUCAGUCAGCAAGAUGUUUCAGCUAGCCAAACUUUGCACGCAUAAAAAACCUGAAUCAAGGCCGAGCAUGAGAUCUGUUGUCGUUGCGUUAAUGGCAUUAUCAUGCCCCAAAAAGGAUUCUAAGAUUUUUGUUCCUCAUUUAGAAACUGAGAUCUUGAAAUACGAGUAUUCUAUGAUCAAGUCUAUGGAAACUGAAGUUCUGGGAUCUGAGACUUUUACAGUUACAUCUGUGGAAUCUGAGGCUUAUACAAUAGAAGAAGGAAUUGAGGAUUAAAUGGUAGUUGACGUGAACGAUAUGUGGCUGCUCAAAUUUAUUUUUUCAUGAAGAAGAAAAAU